GCGGGCGGGGGCGGGUCCCUGUGCUGGGGGCUCCGCUCGGGGUCCGAGCGCUGUGACCCUCGGCCGGGAUGGCGGCGGUGGCUCGUGGCGCUUGGGGCGGGCGGCGCGUGGUGCUCAGGCUGCCGCGGACAGCCGGGGCUCCCUGGAUCGCUUCGGCCGCCGUCUCCUCCUCCUCCGUGCCAACAACUAAACUGUUCAUCGAUGGGAAGUUUGUCGAGUCCAAAACCACAGAAUGGAUUGAUAUCCACAAUCCUGCCACAAAUGAAGUGGUUGCUCGUGUACCAAAAGCUACCACUAGUGAAAUGGAGGCAGCUGUAGCUUCUUGCAAAAAGGCUUUUUGGAACUGGUCAGAAACAUCUGUUUUGAGUCGGCAGCAAAUCUUCCUGCGUUACCAGCAGCUCAUCAAAGACAAUCUGAAAGAAAUUUCAAAACUCAUCACCUUUGAGCAAGGGAAGACACUGGCUGAUGCUGAGGGAGAUGUGUUCCGAGGCCUCCAGGUGGUUGAACAUGCUUGCAGUGUGACAUCUCUCAUACUGGGAGAGACCAUGCCCUCCAUCACUAAAGACAUGGACACUUGCACCUACCGUCUGCCUUUGGGUGUGUGUGCUGGCAUUGCACCAUUCAAUUUCCCGGCGAUGAUUCCUCUUUGGAUGUUUCCCAUGGCUAUGGUUUGUGGAAAUACAUUCUUGAUGAAACCUUCUGAGCGUGUGCCAGGAGCACUCAUGUUCCUUGCCAAGCUGUUUCAGGAUGCUGGUGCCCCAGAUGGGACCCUGAAUAUUAUCCAUGGACAGCAUGAAGCUGUGAACUUCAUUUGUGACCAUCCGGAUAUCAAAGCAAUCAGCUUUGUGGGAUCUAAUCAGGCUGGAGAGUACAUCUAUGAAAGAGGAUCCCGGAAUGGGAAGAGAGUCCAGGCUAACAUGGGAGCAAAGAACCAUGGUGUAGUGAUGCCAGAUGCCAAUAAAGAGAACACCUUGAACCAGCUGGUUGGAGCUGCCUUUGGAGCAGCUGGCCAACGCUGCAUGGCCCUGUCUACAGCAAUUCUAGUGGGAGAAGCACGAAAAUGGUUGCCUGAGUUGGUGGAGAGAGCCAAAAAUCUACGUGUAAAUGCAGGAGACCAGCCUGGAGCAGACCUAGGGCCUCUUAUCAGUCCCCAAGCCAAGGAAAGGGUUUGUCACCUGAUUCAGAAAGGAGUAGAUGAAGGUGCCAGUCUUCUUCUGGAUGGACGUAAUAUCAAAGUGAAGGGCUAUGAAAAUGGCAAUUUUGUUGGACCAACGAUCCUUGCCAAUGUGAAGCCAAACAUGACUUGUUACAAGGAGGAAAUCUUUGGGCCUGUCUUAGUGGUUCUGGAAGCAGACACUUUGGAUGAUGCAAUUAAGGUGGUCAACAAUAACCCUUAUGGAAAUGGAACCGCAAUCUUCACCACCAAUGGAGCCACAGCUCGGAAAUAUUCUCACUUAGUAGAUGUGGGGCAGGUGGGUGUCAAUGUGCCAAUUCCGGUACCUUUGCCCAUGUUCUCCUUCACCGGUUCUCGUGCUUCUUUCAGAGGAGAUGCGAAUUUCUAUGGCAAACAGGGAGUGCAGUUCUACACACAGCUGAAGACUGUCAUUUCUCAAUGGAAAGAGGAAGAUGCCACUGUUACCAAGCCUGCUGUGGUUAUGCCAACUAUGGGGAACUAAAUCAGCCUUUAAAGAUGCUGUCUCCAGUGCCCAGCUUUGUCCUGAUUAUCAUGUUUUCCUUGGGAAUGAAUAGAAAACUCAAUUUUCUAAGGAUCUCUUUUUCUAUUUAGAUAAGGCAAGAUUAUAGUGCACAGUCUGGGUUUUCUGUUGCUAUGAUUGGUUUUUUGUUUGUUUGUUUUUGUAUAACUAUCAGAAAGAAUUAUCCUAUCUAACUGAAAGGGAAAACAGAUGAGAUUUACUUUGUGUUUCUUUCUAGCCCUUCUGAACUUGAACAUUAUUCCGCUUUCCACUUUAUCACCUCUAGCCUUAUUGAUUCACUGCUGGCUACAUCUUGUAGCAGUUUUCUUUACCACUUUCUUACAUGUUGAGAUUCUGAGCUCACCAUACUCAGAUGAGUAUUCACUUUGAAUGACGUGACUGGGACACUUCGGAUGUGUCACAGAAGUGACUUUUACAUACAAUGAAGACAGCAAGUUUUGGAGUUGAAAAUGUCAGUCUUGGAUCAGUUGAGGAAUUUCCAGAAUACCUGGGAAAUAUCUUUAAGGAUUUUUCAGGGAAGCAUCUGAUUGCUUGUCUGAGGAUGAAAUAAAUACCCAUAUGGCACAAUGACUUUCACCGUGCCUCUUACAGCUGAAAACUGUUCCUGUUGUGCACGUGGCUUGCAUUCUCCAACUUACUGUCAGUUCCAUUAUACCUAGAAGUUGCUUUGUGCCUUUUUACUAUGCUAACAAAAAUGUGCCUACGGGUCCUUUAAGAUAAUGGAACUGUGGAAGCAGAAACGUGUGUAUGUCUUUGCAUCAUAGGAUCAUGUCAGUCUGGUUGGUAGAAGGAUAAGUGGACAGGUCUACUUAUCAAAAACACCUGAUUUAAUCACAAAGCAGCCAGGCCUGUUUUGUGUGUUUUGCUGAUUAUAAAUGUAUUUCUUUUGAUGUCUGAUUGACUCUUUGUCACAUUUGCUCAAACACAGUAAUGUUCUCUAGGGACUGCAAGUCCCAUUGUUAGUGAUGGGUAAGUCUUGCUGUACCCUGUUCUGAUAUGUGCAUUUGGAGCUGGAAAACCUGUGUUUUGAUUCUUGCUUCCAGGAAGAUGAUGCAGCCAUGAGGGGGGGAUCUGAUAGGAUUUCAUUCAAGUACCCCUGGAAAACAAUACUAUUCUAACGACUGUAAUCAUUACUUGUUCUGAUUAAAAACUCUGUAUGUGAAGACUGUAUCCUGCCAUCUGAUAAAGACACAAUGUAACUCACGGUUAUGUAUUAGAGAAACUGCUGUUGAUCUGCUAACAUUUGUAUCUUUGUUUUUUUUUUCUUCUGCUGUACUUGGGGGAAAAUUCUCACCUUGCAAUUUGAUUAUGAAUUAAAAGUUUGCUAAUCACUGCA